CAGCCGCCGCUCCCGGCAUGCCCCGCGCCGCCCCGGCCCGGCCCCGGUCCCCGCCCCCGGCGCGGCUCCGCCCGCCGCCCGCGGGCGCUGCGAGAUGGGCGGUGGGAGCGCCGAGCCGCGGCCCGGCUGACGGCGCGUCGGGGCGGCCCCUCCCGGGGCAGAACUGGACGAGGGGAAUGUCUUACUGUCUCCACUCAGAAAGCCAUUUGGAUACUGGGCCAAUAUAUGUGCGUGAAAAUGGGAAGCUGCAUGUGGUAAAUCAGGGUGCAGGCGGCAUACAGAAUGUCACUCCCAAAACAAGACCUUUUAGGCUGUUUUCCAGAGGAUUUUCAGUGGAGCUUUGUAUGAACAGGGAGGACGAUAGGGCAAGGAGGCAGAGGACUGAUCAUUUCAUCUUCACGUACACCAAGGAGGGAAACCUCCGGUACUCAGCCAAGUCUCUCUUCAGCCUAGUGCUGGGUUACAUUUCUGACAAUGUUGAUCACAUUGACUCGUUGAUUGGUUUCCCAGAGCAGAUUGCUGAAAAGCUCUUUUCAGCUGCAGAAGCAAGACAAAAGUUCACAGAACCAGUAACGGGACUGAGAGCUCUACAGAAGUUUACUGAAGCAUAUGGCAAUUUGGUGCUGUGUUCAUUAUGCUUGCGGAAUAGAUACCUGGUUAUCUCUGAAAAGCUAGAAGAAAUUAAGUCUUUCCGGGAGCUGACAUGUUUGGAUCUCUCCUGUUGUAAACUUGGAGAUGAACAUGAACUGCUGGAACACCUCACCAAAGAGGCUCUGUCUAGCGUAAAACGGCUUCUCCUGAAAGACAACGCUUUAUCAGAUGCAGGCCUUCGCAGAAUGACAGCACCAGUACGAGUAUUGAAAAAGGGACUUGAGAAUCUUCUGGUAUUAGACUUGUCUUGUAACCCUAAAAUCACAGAUGUGGGAAUUGGCUACCUUCUUUCUUUCAAGAAAUUGAAUUGUUUGGACAUUUCUGGGACAGGUCUCAAGGAUGUUAAUGCUGUCAUUAAGCGGAUCCAAAUGCAGAUAGGCCUGGUUCACUCAAAAGUGCCUCUGAAAGAAUUUGAUCAUAGUAACUGCAAAACAGAGGGAUGGGCAGAACAGACAGUUUUGCAGUGGGAGCAGGCAGUUAUGGAGGCCAUCAAGCCACAAGACAACCUGAGAUCCAGAACAGCAGCUCUGCACUUCUAUGGCAAGACACACAGAAUAGAGGAAGUAGUCAAAUGCAAGCUGGUGGAGGCAGAAGCAAAAGCAUCUGGAAACUUGCAGUUUUAUAAGGAAAAAGUUCAAAAUUGCCAUUUACCUUUGAAAAAGGAGGUUGCAGGCAGCCAUGAAUUAAAGAACAAUAAAAAAAGAGCUUUGGCUGAACAAGAGAAAGAAAGGACUUCCAAACAGAAGCAUCUGUGCCUCACUGUGGAGGACUGGGAUUUGUUAAAUACCUACUGAGCCAGAAGGAAGUGGGUCUUUUGUUUGUUGUUCUCUUGCUGAUGACAGAAUUUAGACACAUUGAGAAGGAGUAACAAAGGAGACCAGUAUUGUUAAAUUUGGUUGCUGUGAUAUGCUUGCGGGUUAACCUAUGCUUGGGAAGGGAUGGAGUCAAGGAGAAGGUUGAUGAUACUACUGUAUAUUUUCAAUACAUAAUAAUUUUUUCAAAUAAAAUUUUUGUUGUCA